AUGAAAAGCUUACUGAUUUACUUGUUAUCUGCGUAUUUACUCAAUGGGAUAUUUGCACGAAAAUGUAAAGAAGGUUGGCUGUAUUCACCACAUACAAAAUAUUGCUAUAUUUUGGUUAACACACGAAGCACUUUUAAUAAUGCUGAAUUUGCAUGUUUGAUAAAAAAAGCUAACCUUGUUAGCAUUCAUAGUGAACAAGAAAAUCGAUUUAUAUCAGGAACUCGUCCUCGUUAUAACAAAGGUCGGAGAUGUGUAAAAAUAAAUACUACAACCCAAGAAUGGUUUAACGAUUGUUGCUAUAUUCGACCAGUUCCAUAUAUCUGUAAAAAAUCACCCCAAGAUGUACCAUAUUGGCAUGCAGUAAUUAAAAUUCCUAGUGAUAGUAAUAAUAAAAGUAGUAUUGAUGGACAAAGUAAUCUGAAAUUAUCCGAUGGCAAAUAUAGCGGGAAAUACUUUGCAACACAUAAAGAAGAAGAUACGAGGAUUAAUAAAGGUAAUUAUUCCAUAGAAAGAAAUCCUAACCUAAAAUCUACCGCUACGUAAUG